CGACAUACGGGAUCGAAUCCAGAAGGUCGUUGUCUGAAGAAGAUCACCUUCGAAAGAACAGCAAAAAUACCCCCCUGUACAGAAAUUUGUACAUGUGUAAAGUAUAACCGGUUAUCUGUGAUAACAGUUUAAGCUAGCUUUACUAUUUUAUUGCACUCGUUAUGCUUUCGAGACAAGUUUUUCGCUUCGCAAGCCGGGAUGUCAUUUCUGGGAUUCGUUCUUCUAUUCGUUGUAGUCCAGCUCUAUCACGAACUAUGUGUUUGGCAAAAGACGGCAAGGAGGUCGCCAAGGAGGUCGGAUCAGUGAAGACAGAAAACAUAGGUGGAGCUACAGCGACACCAAAGUACCAGCUGCAGCCGAUUGACAAGUUUUUCUUAGUCAUUACUGGAACAAUGAAGGCUGGCCAAAUCCCCAAUGAAAUCAGCUUUGAGUUACUUGAGAAAUCACAAAACCGACGACGUAUUGUGAUCAACUUUGUCACCAUCAUGCUGACAUUUAUUGGAAGCUAUUUGGCAAUAAAUGCUGGACGCAAGGCAAGGGACGAUCAUACAGAGGACACUAUGUUUGAAAAGAAUGUGAAACGAUACGAGAAGUUGAGGGAGGAAGACAGAUUGAAGGCAGAGGCCGAAGCAUCCAAGAAAGCAUAAAAUGGAACUUCCAACAACAGAGUUAUUUUGUUUAAUAUUAGAAAUGUUCUGUGAUCUUACAUGGCCAAAGGCUAGUGUCCCAUGACUGUUCUCCAUAAAAUGAAGGAAAUAAUUAUUGUAAUAAAUCUUUUGACCAUUUAUUUCCUAUGAUUUAAAAAAUAAACUGUUUCGGAAAUACCUUUCACCCAUCAUCAUCAGUUCUUCAUCAAUUGUGGGAUGGUAUUUGAGAUGCAAUAACUGCACUCAGUAAACCCAAUUCCAGAGCUGCUGUACUAUUAUUUAAAUUAUUCAAAGUCCUUGGCCUUGGAUGGGUUAGUUUUAAGGCAGUAAAUGCUGUUCGCAUUCUUUACUGUUGCUUUCAGGGUGAUAUUCAUUCAAAUGGAGACUACUGAUGAAAGUUUUUGUAAAUAAUUUUAAGCUUUCUGCUAAUAAAAUAUGGAAACAAAAA